AGGACGGGGGGGGGGGAAGGGAGCCUCCUCUGUGGGGCAGAGCGAAGCUCGGCGGCUGCCCGGGCCGGGAGCCAAAGCUGGGCCUGGCGCACGCAGCUCUGGGCCGGGACAGCUCUCCCGGCCAGCCCGGCCUCUCCACCCCAGUCCUCGGUUUGGGAGCCUUGCAGGUGCUGGUGCCUUGCUCCUUGCCUUGUAGGUGCGGCUCUGCGCCCCGGCGAUGGCAGCACCCAAGGUGGCCGUGGUGGGCGCGGGGCUCGUCGGCCUGUCCACAGCGCUCUGCAUCUCCGAGGCCUUCCCCAGCUGCCCCCUCAGCGUCCUUGCGGAGCAGUUCAGCCCCAACACAACGGGCGACGUGGCGGCCGGGAUGCUCAUCCCGCACACUUACCCAGGCACGCCGAUCCACGUGCAGAAGCAGUGGUUCAAGGAGACCUUCGCGUACCUUUUUGCCAUCAGCAACUCUGCCGAGGCGUCAGAGGCUGGCAUCCACCUGGUUUCUGGCUGGCAGGUCUUUAAAACCCCCCCCAAAGACGAGGUGCCUUUCUGGUCUGACGUCGUCCUGGGGUUUCGCCCCAUGUCCGCGGCGGAGCUGCAGAAGUUCCCUCAGCACAGAUGGGGCCAGGCCUUCACCACGCUGAAGUGCGACUGCCCGCCCUACCUGCUGUGGCUGGAGAAGAGGCUGAGAGCAAACGGUGUCCAGCUGCGCACCAGCAAAGUUGCAGACCUGUGGGAGCUGCGCAGCGAGUACGACGUCGUGGUCAACUGCACGGGCGUCGGAGCCCAGCAGCUCGUGGGGGACCGGGAGCUGCUCCCCACCAGGGGACAGGUUCUCCAGGUGCACGCUCCGUGGGUGAAACACUUCAUCCGGGACGGGGACGGCUCGACUUACAUCUACCCGGGGAUGCACAGCGUAACGCUGGGGGGAACCAGGGAGAAGGGGAGCUGGAGCCUGUCCCCUGACCCUGCCACUACCAGGGAUAUUUUCAGCAGAUGUUGUUCUCUUGAGCCGUCCCUGCAGCGAGCUGAGGAUGUCAGGGUGAAGGUGGGCCUCAGGCCCUCCAGGUCGGCUGUGAGACUGCAGAGAGAGGUCCUGAGCCGGGGAGGAGCCAAGCUCCCGGUGGUCCACAACUACGGGCACGGGGCAGGUGGCUUUUCGGUGCACAGAGGCACAGCCAAAGAGGCCACUCGCCUGGUGGGAGAGUGCAUUGCUGCCCUGCGGGGCUCCUCGUGCAGGGCCAAACUGUGAAUCUUCAUCGUUCAUCUGCCUGCAAAAGGCGUUUGGAUGCGCUCGGUUCAGAUUCGGUAAAAUCUCCUUCCCUCCUGUUGCACCAAAUCUGAUCUAGGAUUUCCCUCUCUCCUGCCACCUUGCUGACAAACUUUAUGGUUUAAAAUAAAAAGGAAACUCUGCCUAGAGCUGUGUUACAGCGCUCCGGGUCGGCCCCUACAGAAAGCAAUACCAGGCCACUCAGGCACAGCGACCAGACAGCUUGAUUUUAAGAGCAGGUUAAACGCCUUUAAACACCUUUAAUCUUGACAUUUCUUUGAGAGAAGUUGCUGGUGUGAACCCAUGUGAACUACAGCAUCUUUCACACUUGUUUGCAACUCCUCUGUUCCACGUACCGCCGAUAUUACUCUCAGACACGGAUAUUUUCUUCCUCCCAACAGCAGCACUGACAUGGCCUGUAGGAAGAGGAUUUUUCAGGGUGGGCUUGGCAGUGCAAACAUUUCUUUUCUACUUAGCAGGUCCCUGCUGAGGUGGGCAGGGACCUCUGGAGGCCACCUGCUCCAAGCAGGGACACCCAGAGCUGCUUGCCCAGGACCACGUCCAGGGGGCUUUUGAGGAUCUCCAAGGGGAGACCCCCAGAGUGCUCAGUCCUCCUCACAGUAAAGAGUUUCCCUGAUGAAGCACUUCAAAUUAGAGCUUGCUGUCAAAGUGCAAGGUGAAUAUCUGUUAGUUAUUAAACUGCUCAGUAGACUUUAAAUGGCUUACUUAAGUGUUGGUAGUUCUUUGUCCUUACAAUUACAAAACAGAUCAAAAUCUUUCCAAAAAGCACGCUUAAAAUUGACCGAUAAAUAAAAUUCUAAUAGCAGAGCAGAGGUCACUCCUGUAGGUUUUUUUUUUCCAUAAACAAGGGGUUUUCUCACUCGGAGGGGCCUGAGAGGGCCAAGCAAGGCCCUGGUGUAAUUGCCAGGCUCAGAAGUGGCUGCCAGCUCCUGCUGCUCGUGGGGAAUGGGGACAGUCACCCUGCACAGGGGACAGCUGCCGAAAGGAGCAUCAUCACAUUAAAUCACGGGGCAGAUCGUGCUUGGGAUCAGCCUAUGCCAGCCCGGCCUUCAGCAGCCUUGGCCUCUUCUCCUUGGCUCUAGAUGCUAAUUUUGUGCUCCCCCUUCUCCAAUAAUUUGUCCUCUCCGAUGGUAUCAGCGGGCAGAGCUGCUGCUUUUGGCAGUGGUGUUGGUGCGGUGCUUGUUGAACCACUGCUUUGUCCUCAGAUAACAGAGAAAAAAAAAAAAAACAAACAACAAACUACAUGGUUAAAGUGCAAACAUUUAACCAGGAGAAUGGGUUAUUUUUCCCUGAUCCUGAUUUUAACCUUAAAAAGUAACAAAAAGUUGAGCUUAAUCCGGAGCUAGAAAUAUUACUGCUAAUAUCUGCUUGUUUGUAGGAUGGCUUCUGGACCACAUCCCGUGUUUUUGUGGUCCCCGACAUUACAUGGCUCCAUAAAUGUCGCACUUCCAUAAAUGAGGCACUUCUUCAUCCUUGUGUCUCUCUUGCUGUAAGAUGCUGGUGAAGCCCAGCGUCACUGCAAAGCGCUGCUGAUCCUUCCCUUUUAGGCCACAUCUUGCAACUGAUUUAUUAUCGUGGCUUUCACCACUUGCCUGCCACGGGGAGCCAGAUUUAUUGCCUUUCUCCAGGUCAUUCUCCAGUGUCAUGUCCUCUUUGACGUGGCUGCUCUAAGUAGAAGGUUGCACACCAUCCCUAACAGCACAACAACCCCGCAUUAGCAUUCAUUUAAGACCCACGAGUGAGUAACAUCUGCUUCUCGUGAAUUUGUUGCUCUCUCUUUCAUCUAUUUCGCCUAAAACCUCCUCUAAUGGCCCUUCAAUCCGAGGCAGAUUCUCUGCGUUAUCCCCUUAGCAAAUGGUCGUGCCAUGGGAAUUUCCCUGAGCUUUUCUGUGCUGGAUGCAGACACAAGUGAUCUGUCUGGCUGUUCUCUUAGGGCUUGUUUGCUCCCAAACGCCUUUGAUACCCUAAUUGACUGCUGACUGCACUCCCUGGGCACCUGCAGCCCCUCUGGCAGCCCCCUGCUCCUGGCGGGUCAAAGGAAGCUUUUGGUCUAUUAGGAAAUGAUUUCCUCAAAGUCUUUUUUCAGUCUGCCUGUUUCUACUUCUCAUUUGAAAGAGUUCGUGUUCUCUUCCAUUUCCUCCUUUGGACGUGAUUUAUUUUGCUUCUUGCCCAUGUAACUUUUUAUCAUGGUAUCACGAUAAACCAGUAAUUGUCUUUCUUCUGGAAAGGCUCUGGUACUUCUUUAGGGUUGGUGUGAUAUCUCAUCAGGCAUCCCUGAGUCUCCGCUCCUCACCCAAAGUCCUUGCCAGCAGCUGAAGCAGAGGUGUGGGCACUGUGAGCAUUUCAGCUCCAGCUGAAGACGGCAUCCAAACAAUUUUCAAAGCUCUGUUUUGGUUCUAAACCUGGCUGUGCCAGAUCCCUGGGAGAGAUAAUUAGGUUUCAACACCAAUCUUGCGCUGCUCCUAAGCCCAUGGAGCUACCGGGACCGUCCUGGAGCCGAGCCUUCUCGUCGCCACUGACUAGGCACUCCUGGCAGAUGGCAACCAAUCUGCCACGCUCGUAAUGAACUUCAGAGGCAUAAUUAUGGCACAGAAAAAGGAACAAUUAUAUUUCGAGGCGUUUUUAUCCGUCCUUACGACUCGCCGACAGCAGAUGGGCUGCCUGGCGGAGUUCGGAACUUGAGCGCAAAAUAAGAGUUUGCUGCAGGAGGGGGCUUUGUUGGUUUUCUCUGCGAAAACAAAGCCAUAAAGACAUAUUGUCUUGAUGCAGGCUUUUGUCCUAUAUUUAAGACAAAUUGCCAAAUUUCUGAAAAACGUGGGAAAAUCGGAGUUCCCCGUUCAUUAUAAUCCUUUUCCUCGUCGAGUACAGCUUGAAAUAAACUUCAGUGUGACACAUUCAAAUUCCUUCGGUUUGGAGUCAAUGCAGUAAUUACAGGGGAAAUCAGGGCCCGGACCGAGGUGGAUGAUGUUUUCACAGCUCUUUUAAAGAGUUGUGUAACGCUGCACGGUGUUGUUUUUUUUUUUAAUCCUGCUUUAUUCCCUGUUUUCCACCAGAGGGAGGUGUUGGAUCGAGCAGUUGCCCAGCCAAACCCACAAAGCCCAAACGAAGUGAUGCUGAACGUUCAUUUAGGGCCAGCAAAUCUUAUAGGGAGAGCUUAAAAAAAAAAAAAAAAAA